UCUCUAUUUCGGUUUCACGGCGACCCACCGAAUUCGAAAACUCGUUUUCUCUUCCUGAUUACUGAGGUGAAUUCCUUAGUGACAGGAUUUGGUUGCCGAGAAAAAACCCGAGCGGCUGGCUGAUUCGCUGAACAGCCGAACAGGUUCACUAUAACUUGAGAGAAUAUUGAUUCGAUUUAUGCGUUUGAUUUCUACAGGAAUAGGGUAGAUGGCAGAUGAGGUGGUUAUCGACGGCGAUGUGGACGAUCGGGCGGCGAAGGGAUUCUCCGAUACCGACCAAAGCGUCGCCGGAAAUAUGGCUGAACUGAGACGGAAAAUGGAGGAGCUGGAGGACGAGAAGCAAAGGCUGACGCAGGAGAAUCGGGAGAUUAAGGAGAGGUUGGAGAAGCUGACCGGUGAGUUCGAAUAGCUGAGAGGCGUGGAAGCGGAGAUGAAUCAGAGGUUCGGGGAGAUGGAGAGGGAAAUCGAACAGGCUGAGGAAGAUAAAAAGGCCCUAGAAUCCAUUGCCGCGAGAGCGGAGGAGCUCGAGACGGAGGUUUCGCGGCUUCAGCCUGACCUGAUAUACUCCAUAAGCGCCGGGGAUGAUGCGGCGGCUGAGGUGGCGGAGCUAAAGAAGGCGGUGGCGGAGAAGGGGGAGAAGCUGGACGGAUCUGAGAGGGAAGCGGAGAGUCUGAGGAAAGUGAGGGCUGAGACCGAGAAGAAAGUUAGGGAUCUUGAACGGAGAGUCGGGGUUUUGGAAGUGAGGGAAAUGGAGGAGAAGAGCAAGAGACUUCGGGGGGAAAAGGAGAUGAGGGAGAAGAUUUGUGGGAAAGAGAGAGAGAUUAGCGAAUUUCAGAAGAAAGUUGCGGGUUUGAAAUUGGAAUUGGUGAAGAAUGGGGAGGAAAUGGAGAAAGUGAAGUCGGGGAAGAAUUUUGCAGAGGAUGAAUUGAGUGAAUCACAGAAAAGGGAGAUGGAGACGGAGGUGAAGGGGGAGGAGUUACAGAAGCAGGUCGAGUUGGCCAAGAAAACGAUAGUAGGGUUGAAGGAGAGAAUCAUUGAGCCUUGCAAUGGAACUGCAGCAAGUGAUGUUGAACAGAAAGGUGCCUUGGGACUGAAGUCAAAGUGGCCUGUUCUUGCUGCUGGGUCAGUCGGCGCUGUUGGUUUGGCGGCUGCAACUCUGUUUGUCUUCUAUUCAAAGCCAAGGUGAUUUAUCAUAGGUACAAGUUCUUGUUUCCUUGAUCAUGGGUUGAGUAGAUCGAGCCUGGUUUCCGUUUUUGGAUUCACGGAAAAUAUAUCUGGAAUCAAGACCCAGGUCAUUUGCAUAUCAAACAAUACGAUCAGAUUAUUGUUCUGUGCUGUCAAGGUGUAAAGGUUUGAGCUUUAUGGCUAAAAGAAUGGAGGGCGUGAGGUUGUUUUCUAAAACAGCUCCAAGAAAGCAGGAACAUUUGUUGUAUAAACUAUUUCUGCCACCUGUGGAUGUUUUAUAAGAAGAUUAAUUAAAUAUUUUGACAAACCUGAGAUGCAAUCGCCAUCGAUGGCUGCUUCCUUUAGUUUCCACUAUCCAAUCCCUAAACGCUUCAUUCAUCCCUCCCCCUCUCACAAACGAAACCCUAAUCCCUUUUUCCCCUCCACCAAACUCAUCUGCUCCUCCUCCUCUUCUUCUUCAUCUCCUCCGCAGACAACGCACCAUCGCAGCUUGAAGCAGACCCGGCAGCAUUCCAUAUUCGAAGAUUCGCUUCCCUUCCACCAAUUCAGCUCUCCGUCCGACGAUUCAGGCCUCGCUGACCAAAACCCAGAAGGCUUAGACAGCGAAUUUGUGUGUCGGGGUGGUGAAGACAGCGUGGGAGUUUUGUCAAAGGUGCGGUGGACGGAUCUGAAAGCGGUUGUCGGACAGCGUGUUAGCAUCGAAGGCAUUGUCUCUUCGGUCUCCGUGGUGGUUAGAGAUCGUCACCUGGCUUUGCCGCACGUUGCAGUGCCGGAUAUAAGGUACAUCGACUGGGACGAGCUGAAGCGGGAGGGUUUCAAUGGUGUCGUGUUCGAUAAGGAUAAUACUCUCACGACUCCAUAUUCUCUGGCUCAGUGGUCACCGCUUCAGCCUUCCAUAGAGCGGUGUAAGGCGGUGUUUGGACAUGACAUCGCUGUGUUCAGCAAUUCUGCUGGGCUUGCCGAAUAUGAUCAUGAUGGUUCGAAAGCCAUAGCAUUGGAAGCACAGAUAGGAAUUAGAGUGUUGAGGCAUAGAGUAAAGAAGCCUGCGGGGACAGCUGAAGAGAUCGAGAAGCACUUUGGUUGUCCGUCCUCACAGCUAAUUAUGGUGGGUGAUCGGCCCUUAACAGAUAUCGUUUACGGGAACAGAAAUGGAUUCCUGACCAUAUUAGUAGAGCCAUUGAGUCGAGCUGAGGAGCCUUUCAUUGUCAGACAGAUUAGGAAGUUAGAGAUGACACUGUUGAACCAUUGGUUGGGAAGAGGUUUGAAGACUGUGGGUCACAAAUUGCUCUCUGAUGUAACACAGUGUGUGAAGGAUCCAUCAAAUUUGUAAGAGCGGUUCUCAGUUUGCCAAGCAAACUUUCUUGUGGCUUUCAGUAGUAUGGUAACAGGAAUGUUAAUUGAAUCCUUUUCUAUCCAAUGGAAAUUUGUUACAUGUUAUUCCA